AACUUUCGAGCUUUCUCUUUCUCAAUCUCGUUCACCGGUGGUGAAAUUUCUUCUCGCUCUCCUAAAAUCGGGCUUUUUGGAUACCGACACGGGUUAAAUUUGAGCUAAAAUGAAUGCGGCAAUGAUGCACGAAACCAUCUGGUUUGACAGAUACAAGUUUGAUGAAGCCGAGGAAACUUACCAGGCUCAUUUAGCCGGAGUGGUGAAAACCCAUGGGUCGUCUUCAGCAUCUUCAUCUGUAAGGGAGAUUGCCGAAGCUCGUAGAAAAAUACAGCAAACUCUGAGUGGGGCUCCUGGUACACCCAACUCAUCAACCAGGGGACAUCAUGGUGGCCAUCACGGACAUGGCCAUGGACACGGCCACGGACAUGGGCGUGGUGGACACCAUGGACAUGGCCAUGAGGGUCCAGAGAAGCGCAUUGCUCACCUUGAAGAGGAGAAUAAAAGCCUUCGCAAAGUGACAGAUGACCUUACUGAAAUGCUGAAGAAACUAGAGCUGAGGGUGGCCCAGCUUGAGGAAGGGAAAUCAGCAGAUCCGCCAGCCAAAAAACCAGAAGAAAAGCCAGCUGCUGCAAAGAAGGAAGAUGAUGAUGACUCUGAUAUUGAUCUGUUUGGCUCAGAUGACGAAGAGGAGGCUGAAGAGGCUAGACAGUUAAGGGAGAAGCGACUUGCUGAAUAUAAUGCCAAGAAAGCCACCAAGAAGCCAGUGAUUGCAAAGUCAAAUAUUAUCUUUGAUGUUAAACCUUGGGAUGACGAGACAGAUUUGAAAGAACUUGAAAAUUCUGUCCGCUCCGUCGCCAUGGAUGGGCUACUAUGGGGAGCCUCUAAAUUGGUGGAAAUUGCCUAUGGACUCAAGAAACUGCAGAUCACAUGUGUCAUUGAGGAUGCCAAGGUUUCCACGGAUGACUUGAUUGACAAGCUUUGUGAAUUUGAGGAUUUUAUUCAGAGUGUUGACAUUGUUUCCUUCAACAAGAUCUAGACGCGUACUACAGAUUGGGCAGACUCGCCUACCUAUCGAGACUGAAUGAUAAAUAAAAUAAAUGACACUUA